GUCUCAUAGACAGCCAUAAAAACACACAUGGGGCUGUGCCGCGACCGCUGCCGUCCAUGCCACCAAGGUGGAACAACCCCCGCCAACCUGCCUUCAGUAGAAGGGGGACAUUUUUGACCAGGUACCCCCAGCAGGCUUCCAGGGAUUUCCAGCCACGCCAGGGUCACUCAUGGAGGAAGAAAUACUCCCUUGUCAACCGGCCGCUGGGAUCGGCAUUUGAUGUUGGAAGCAGUGACGGUGCUAGCACGUCUUGGGGUUUUGGAAGCCAGGAGGAGAGUCAGGCACCCGAGCCACCAGAAUCGUCCACGGAGAGACAUGUGGACUUAACCACAGAUGGAAAUAUAGUUGUGGGGAUCCAGCUGCCGCAGAGGGCUGGCUCAUUCAUAGAUACGAGAGGUUUUGCUGAUGUGGGUUCUCACUGUGAGUCUUCUGGGCUGAAAACGGCAGUCGCUGCUCCAGGUGACAGUAAAAACGUGCAAAAAUCUCCAUACACAAGCCAAAAUGAAGAGAGAAGACACUCUCUCUCCAUUUCAUUUAGUUCAUGUCACCGGUUUGUGAGUUCAGCGUACGUGAGCGUGGCGGAUAAACCUCGAACGGUUUGUCUGGCUGGCCAUGUGGCCGUGAGCUCCUCUGCCUCCUGUGGAAGCACGAGUGAAAGUGCUGUGACGCUGAAAACGGAGCCGCAGCAACCUUCAGCGUUGCCAUCUCACGAGCCAUCUCGGCAGUUGGUACGGAGGAAGGUAGUACCGCCAGCUCCAGCUCAGUCUAGUGAGCAAGUCAGGGAUGCUUUCAGAGAGCUGAAGCUCCUUGGAAACGGUGAGACGUGCUCUAGACCCGCUCAGGCUGCGACUUCGGUGGUUGGAACGACUCCAACGAGGAGCAGGUUUUCCGUAGUCCCCAAAGCUGGCAUUCUCCAAAGAGCUGCAUCAACAUCCAUUUCCAGCAAAACUCUGAAGUUCAGGAAAACUAAUUACACGUGGGUGGCAAACCCUGGUAAAAGCUCUCGUACUGUGAAGAGAUGGGUCAGCCCUAGAGCUUCUGAAAGCACUAAGAGAAUUCCUGGUGGAGCGGACAGAGGCGCUAAGCUAUCGUCAAAAGUAGACUUGGGAGCAAAGGUGAAAAAAUCGGGAUUGCAGUCCAAACUGGGUGUUUCUCCCAGUAAGUAUAAGUGGAAAGCUUCCAGCCUGCAGACAUCCCCCUCCACAUCCAAGUCAGCGUUCAGGUGGAGAUCUGAGGAUCAGAGAAAGCCUCUGGCCUCCAACCUCCCUCAAGCGGGUGCUGCCCCAUCACCUCCAAGCGCUGCGUCUGUUGGUCUCGGCGGGGUGAAAUCCUCCUUUGGCGAUGCCACACUGUCUGGUUAUAAAGUGAAGAGUCGGACAAAAAUCAUCAAGAGAAAAGGAAGCUUGGGUUCCCCGACAGAUAAGAAGAACAGCUCCUCACCCACCACGCCUCUGAAAAGCCACUUCCAUCUCAGGAAGAAAACUCCUUCGCGGGGGAAACCUUCCUCGACACCGAAACGUUCUUCACCCAAAGGCCUGGUACACAUCACCAAGCACAGGCUCUGCAGGCUGCCGGCCACCAGGAUGCAGGUCUCCACCAAGGAAGGAUGGCCAGUGACGCUGUGGAAGGUUUGGGCCAUGAUGAAGCUGCGGUCUGCCUUCAAAAGUAAAGCUGUUGAGCUGCUGUUUUUCAGGAAGAUGCUUCUGUGGUUUCCUGUUCUGCACUUCAACUACCGGGC